AAUAAUAAUAAUAAUAAUAAACAGGAACAACAUGAAUCUAAUCAUCAACCAAGUAGUACAUCCGAGAAGGAUAAUAAUGAUGUUAAUAAUGCUGGGAAUACAGAGAUCUCUACAAAUAAUAAUAAUAAUAAUACUAAUAAUAAUAUUACUGAACCUAUUCUUAGUAGUAAAGCUCUUACUUCUGAAAUUGAUGUGGCCACUGCGAGUUUAGCCAUUACGAUGUUUCUUGAGCAUCUCUGUGAAGAUAAUAAAGCCGAACCGGUUCUCACAUCAGACUUUCAUUCCCAUCGACUUCCUCCAAUGUCUGUGAAAAAUUAUGUGGAUCGUAUUACCCGAUAUAGUAAUGUUAGUGGUGAGACUCUUAUUGUAAGUCUUUUAUUACUAUUAAAGUAUUCCCAUUUUGUGGGUCAUCCUGUCAGUAUUUAUAAUGUUCACCGUUUAUUAAUUACAAGUGUGGUACUUGGUGUAAAGAUGCGGGAUGAUGUUUAUUAUAGUAAUGAGUAUUAUGCACGUAUUGGGGGAAUUAGUAAUGCGGAAAUAAAUAAAUUGGAGAUUCGUUUCUGUACACAAUUGGCGUGGGAUAUGUGGAUGGAUGAAUCUACAUAUGAAACCUUUGAAUCUUUACUUUUACACUUUGUACGAGUGGCACCUUCUACUACUACUAAUACUAUUAGUCAAACUACUACAGAUAAAGAUAAUAAUAAUAAUAAUAAUAAUGAAGAGAAUGAGAAUAAUGAUAAUAAUAAUGAUAAUAAUAAUAAUAAUAAAGAGAAGGAAAAAGAAAAUAUUCAACGUGGGUAUUGGUUAAAUACAUUAAGGCCGUGGAUGUCUCAUUAUGAAAUCGCCGCCACUCGUCGUCGGGAUCGUCUCCAACAAACCGCCAUUGCCGAUCAAAAUAAUGAACGAAUGAAAUGGUCUACACUUCGUAGUUAUUCAUUAUCCUCAUCUUCUUCAUCUCAUCAUCAUCAUCUUAAUAAUAUGAAUAAUAAUAAUAAUAAUAAUAAUAAUAAUAUGAAUAUUACUCAAUACCCAUUGGAUCAUCAUCAUUAUUCAAAUAAUAAUAAUAAUAAUAAUAAUGUGUUGGUAUUACCGCCUGCUGUGAGUGGUGGUGUUGGUAGUCGCGUGGGAACUGUCAAUCAUCACAGCGUGACGGUAGUGGCAGUGCCGGCGUUAAGUCAUAGUGGAAUCAUAAAUAGUGUAGGCACUCACGUCCAACAUCAUUUAAAUAAUAAUAAUAAUAAUAAUAAUAAUAAUAAUAAUAAUAAUAAUAGUAGUAUUAAUAGUGAAUUUGGUAUUUCCCAUCGUGCUUUAUCAUCUUCUUCUUCUAUUGGAUCCACUUCUUUGAGUAAGUCGGGUAUUAGCAUUCAUGCCAAACCUUAUCACUAUAAGAGUGGAAGACUGAGUGAAAGUAUAAAUUCCUCAUCUCAACAACACCAACAACAACAGAAAUCAUCCUCAUCAUCAUCUAAUGCUGGUGUUUAUAUUCAACAACGUGGGAAUUCCUCUAGUGGUAGAAGAUACAAUAAUAAUAAUCAUCAUCAUCAUAAUAACUAUGCGAAUAAUAAUAAUAAUCAUAAUAAUAAUAAUAGUGGAUCAAGUGCCUCUAUGAACUUUACAUUAUGGCGUUCGGCGGGUGUUGUUAGUGUGGAUCCCCCCACCGCAGCCGCACGGCAGGGUGGAAAGAAGAGACCAAAGCCAGAUCACUAUCAAGACUACCGUUAA